AUGUAUGAAAACCAGUUUGUGGGUAAAGGGUAAUGACGUUGUCCGAUCGCAAAAUUCAAUUAUUUUUUUGUUAGAGAUGUGUAACUUUAAUUCGUAUAGGUAAUAGCAUGGUUUCGAGUGCAAUUUGGAUAGCUACAUUAUGCACGAGUGAGUUUUUCAAAGAGCUCAAAAUAGCACGAGUCCGAGCGACGAGUGUUAUUUCAGGUCUUUGAAAAACUCACGAGUCCAUGUUUAUCCAAAUUUCACGAGCAACUAUGCUAUUACUUAUUAAUAAUUUACAUAAAAUUCUCGAGAUGAUUGUAGUUUUAUUAACUUAUGUUUAUUGCGAACCGUCCAUUGCCACUGGCAAAGUUUUCCUGGCUUUGUUAUAUCACAUUAUACAACGCUAACCGCUUGAAAAUUCCGGUCCACUCAACUAUUUAUAAUAAGUUUUGUUAGUCUUGUCUAAGUGAAGGCUUUUCCAUUUAAAAAAAAAGGUUAAAAAGCCAUAUUUUCCAACCGAAGUCAACUUUUACUUUAUGUAGCCUAGUGCGGCGCCAUAUUUGUUUUGUUUUGAAGCAAUCUGUGACUGUUACUUCUUUACACUAAACUGCUUGGUUGAUUUUAUCAUCACAUUGUUUUCGCACCAAUCAGAACAGUUUGUUACAGCUUUUUGCACUGUGAUUACAGAAAAUUGCACUGUGAUUACAUAAAAUUGCACUGUGAUUACAGAAAAUUGCACUGUGAUUUCAAAAAAUUGCACUGCUUUUUGGGAUUAACUGCACUGAAAUCAACCAAUCACGGUCGAGUAAUAUUUUUUGUAUAUUAAUAUUUAAAAAAUACUACAAUUUGGAAGGAAAGUGAUAUUAUAAUAAUCACAAUCAAUAAAUCACACUGGAACUUUCCAUCUACAAAUCCAUUCAACAAUUAGUUCUUUCAAGAGAGAUGCCCAAAAACUUGACAUUUGCAUUAUAUGCUGACUGAUUACCCGACUUAAUUUGCAUUUAUCACAUUAAAGUAUGGCUCAGGCAAUUGUAAACAGUAUUACAGUAAAUUCAACAUGGCUGGUUGUAGAUCGUAAAUUUUAAAAAUAAAGUUGGCAGUUUGCAACUUGCCAAAAUCGUUGGUUUUAAAACUAACAGUUUCUCGAAAUAUUUUGUGUAAUAUUGGCUUGAUUUAAGUUACUGUACUGCCUGUCCUGCUUGCAAAGAGGUAAGUUAAGAACUAGUAUUUGUCUAUUUAACUUUAGCUAUACAAAAAUACAGCACAAGGAAGAAACUAAAAUGCAGGGUGCAUGGAUAGAUACAUAACCGAGACCAAUAUAUUACACUAAAUAUGUCGAGAGAUUUUUUUUACAACCAGCGGCUUUGGCAAAUUGCAAACGACCUAUCUUAUCCUCAAAUUUUGCGAUUUACAACAUCGCCUUAAGCAAUUGACUGUUUACAAUGGAAGCCAUAUUUGAACGCGUGCAUGGUAUGCAAAUAAGCAUUGAAGUACAAUAAAUGCUGACGAGCUCCAUUUUUCUCUUUGCUGAUCCGAUCAUUCCACUUGUUCUUUUACUGGAAAUCGCUUGUUGGAUCGGUGUGUAAAUUAACCUUAACCCUAUACCGGAUAACUUUCCGUAGCGGCGCGAGAAAGCACCAAUCCGAUAUACGGAAUGUACAAUUUUCUGAAGCUGAGCGAUACAACAUCUCCCCGUUGCAAUAAUUCCUCAAUAUUGGCCUGAAAAUAGCGUUCCUAAAGAUAAAAUUUUUCAUAUUAUGAAGGAUAUUGCACCUGAUCGGGGUGGACAUUUUUUGCCGAUUUUGACUUGUAACAUGUAGUAUUGAACAGCAUACUUCAAUACUAUACAUAAACGAAAAAAUAAACAAUAAUAUAUCAAGCAGACAGUAUUUAAACAGUAAUAAAAGGUGCAACUAGUUAAGUACAACAAAAAAUAUUUCGAAAGACGCCAUGUUUACACAAUAUCGCCCCAACGAGGCGGCAUAUUUGAUAGUGGGAUACAAACAGUCGCAUGAACAUAGAAGUGAUUCGUCCCACACAUUCCACAGGAGAGCGGCAAAACAUGCUCGUGGCUCAUAUGAAUAAGCCUUAGGUAUGGUACAGGGAUAAUUCUAACUGCUAUUUCGACUAGAACAAACUGUGAGGUAGUGAACACAGGCUGUGUGGCAGUAACGAGAGACAAGGUCAUGGCGUAUUGGAUACCUGAAUAGCUGGCAGGGUUCUCAGGCAUGCACUCCCGGAAAAGUUUGAAUUUUAGAAGUCCAGACUGGCCAUUUCCUGCAUUUUCAGAGUGACAUUUGGGUUUUGUUUUUGCCUUAAAUAUCUGUAUGAGCGUUUGAUUUAGAACUAAUUUUUACUGGAAAACUCAAUUUUAGAACCGCCCAUUUUAAGUUUUAGAACCAGCCAUUUUACAUUUAGAACUACCCAUUUUGGAAAAUGGGAGCCCUUAAUUAGGAUAACCCCUGGUAUGGUAGCUUCCAUAAAACAUAAGUUGUGACAAUUCUGUAGGCAAUGUUUGUCCGCAAACCAACAUUAAGAAGGCUGGAAUUGAAUGUGUUGAUGAAUGUCAGCCGUCAUUAGGUUGCAGCGAUUCCAAGAAAGAAUGUCUCUGUGAUGGAAACUGCGGAUAUAGCUGUGUCAAGAAAGGUGGGUCAUAAAAUGGUAAUGAUAUACGAAUAUAGUUGGCUAAUUUAUCAUGAAUUAUUAAUGAGAUUUAUAUUAAUGUCUAAACGCCCCCUUGGAAAUCAGCAUUUAGCUGAAGGGGUUAGCGUGGGUAAAUAAAGUAUUAAUAAUAACAAGGACUGGAAAGAAUUUUUAAUAUUUUAUAUAGGUAUGCAGUGUUCUCCCCUGAAGAAUCUACGAAAUGGAAGAAUAACGGGCAAAUCUAGGACAUUUAAUUCGACCAUGACGUUUGAGUGUAAUCCUAAGUACACAUUAUUUGGUCCCAGUACUCGGAGGUGUCGCGCGAAAGGACUCUGGGAUGGCAAGAAAUCUAGAUGUAGUAAGUUGAUUUGGUCAAACGAAGGUUUUUAGCAGAAUUUGUGACAUUAUUAUGUAAUGCCGGUUUUCCACUUGCGAAUUUUUUCGCGCGAAGCGAAUUUUUCAUUUGUCUUUGCUCUCUCAACUGGAACCAUCUGGAAUUAAUUGAUAAAGACAAAAGAAAUAUUCGCUCCGCUCCAAAAUAUUCCUUUUCGCAAAUUUUGCAGAACUUUCAUUUUAGUGGACAUUUUAGAACCGUGUACUAUUUUAAUGCACCUUGUAUAAAUCUUUUCGGUUUACCUGGUUUUAUAAAUGAACUACAACAAAAUCAACGAUAUUUUCAAAUCACCGAACAAUUUUCGGACUACACGUUGUUAUAGAUCUACAAACAAGUUGUAGCAGGGUUGUUGUCAAGUGAAUAUCAGGAUGUGUUUGCUCUGCUAAUUGUUCCCAGAUGUUUCAACAAAGUCUGCAACAAGUUGUUAUCAACCUUUUACAAAGUUGAUGAUGGGAACAGACGAGUUGUUUCAACAAGAAUAACACAGCCUGUUUGCGUCACAAGUUGCUGCGAGCUUGUUGUCCUCAACUUCUCAACAAUUUGUUACGUGCAGAUGAUUGUUGGAACAAUUUAUUGCGAAUCAUUCUCGUCCCCAGAGCCAUUUUCACUCGGUCACUCGUUGAAAAUUAGGCUCUGGGUUAGACGAAUUGGCUUCUCAGAGAACUGCUAUUUCGCAGAAGUUGAUGGCAAAAUUAUUCUAUCAACAUAUGUCAACACAAAUACUUUGCUUCUUCGUAAUACUUCACUGUGAAAAUUGUUACGGGUGCUAAAUUGAAGAACAUGCGCUUUGGUAACUUCUGCAAGUUUUCUUGCACUUCCGGUUCCGUGUGUCCCUGGACUUAGGAAGGACGCGAGAGGCCCUGAGGACGAGGAUGGUUGGGAGUCUUUUGACCUGAUCAACUUUAUGACAAGAUGAUAACAACUUGUUCCAGACUUGUCAACAACUGCGAACAAGCAUUGCGAACACACAUAUUGACAAAUUGCGAGAUUUUUGAGCGUGUACUAAAUAAAACAAAAAAGUGAGAUUAACACAUUAUUGAAACCGAGGGAAUACCCCAAAGAAGACCCCAGCCUUGGUCAUCCACAUGUAAUCAGAGGGGAUGCUCUGGGACGAGAAUUAGCUCUGCUGGGAAACGUUUGUUAGUCUGUUACAAACUAUUUGUUACUAAUUCUUUAAAUGUUCCUAGAAAUAUCCUGUCCUGAUCCUAGUAUAUCAAACAAUACGAACCGUUACCGGAAGUUUACUACAAUAGGAUUCUCCGAGCGGACGAUAUUGCGCUAUGAAUGUAUGCCUGGUUAUAGAACUACAGAUUCCUUGAAUAUCAAAUGUCAGAGCGACGGCCAAUGGUCUGCGUCGCCACCAGUCUGCACAGGUUAGUCUGAGGCUUGGGCAAGCGAGGACGUGUCGUUUUGGUUGUUUCCAUAUUUGACUGCUGUCCGGCACAGCAGUACGUUAUGUGCGACACAGUUGACGGCUAACUACAGUGACGGCUAUCGUCGCAUAAAUGAACUAAAUUCAACGCAAAUUGGACGUCUAAAAAGACUAAGGCAGGCCGAAGCAUUGCUAGUCUGCGUUGCAAGCAAUUGAGGCGCGGGCAGAAAAAAUAGGGAGGCAAGGCACGGGAAAUUCGCCAGGUAUGCAGGCGUAAACAUCGGAAUAGGCCUUUAUGUAAAUAUAAUAAACAUGAUUAUUUAUCACAUAUAAAACCACCGACACGGUAUUUCCUUUGUAUUUUCCCCCGCGACUUAUUAAUGAGUUUUAUAAAAUAUUUAACAAUUAUUGGCCGAAGGCGAGGUGAUUAUCGGGAAUAUGAGACGAAUAAUCGUUUUACUUUUACACAAGUCUUUUGUGUUUUUUUGGGACUGAAUUUAUUUUAAUUUCGCUUAUUUCUUUAUCAGUAGCUUCACAAAAUGGCGCCGGCUAGCCGCCAUUUUGAUAUGUGCUGAAUAAUCAGGUGAUUAUAACAGCUAAUUAAUACGUCAAAUUUGACCAAUCAACUUGUUGGUUUGUUAUAUCGGAAAAACCUUUGAUCCGGUCCAAUUCACUGCUUAUUUUCCGGAGUGGAAAAUAGCUUUCCGUAGCGGCGCGAAAAGCACCAAUCCCAUAUACGGAAUGUACAAUUUUCAGAAGCUGAGCGAAACAACAUCUCUCCGUUGCAAUAAUUCCUCAAUAUUGGCCUGAAAAUAGCGUUCCUAAAAGGUCCAGAUAGGUGUUGUUUCAUGUCGCUACGGAAAGCUAUUUAGGUAUCCGGUACAAGUGUAAACGUAGCCUAAGUCAAGUGGGAUAAAAUUUUUCAUAUUAUGAAGGAUAUUGCACCUGAUCAGAAGGAUAUUGCACCUGAUCGGGGUGGACAUUUUUUGACGAUUUUGACUUGCAAUAUAGUUCAAUACUAUACAAAAACAAAAAAUAAACAAUAAUAGAUCUAAGCAGACAGUAUUUAAACAGUAAUACAAGAUGCAGCUAGUUUAAGUACAACAAAAACUAUUUCGAAAGACGCCAUGUUUACACAAUAUCGCCCCAACGAGGCGGCAUAUUAGGUAGUGGGAUACAAACAGUCGCAUGAACAUAGAAAUGAUUCGUCCCACACAUUCCACAGGAGAGCGGCAAACCAUGCUCGUGGCUCAUAUGAAUAAGCCUUAGGUAUGGUACAGGGAUCAUCCUAACUGCUAUUUCGACUAGAACAAACUGUGAUGUAGUGAACACAGGCUGUGUGGCAGUAACGAGAGACAAGGUCAUGGCGUAUUGGAUACCUGAAUGGCUGGCAGGGUUCUCGGGCAUGCUCUCCCGGAAACGUUUUAAUUUUAGAAUUCCAGAAUGGCCAUUUCCUGCAUUUUCAGAGUGACAUUUGGGUUUUGUUUUUGCCUUAAAUAUCUGUAUGAGCGUUUCAUUUAGAACUAAUUUUUACUGGAAAACUCAAUUUUAGAACCGCCCAUUUCAAGUUUUAGAACCAGCCAUUUUACAUUUAGAACUACCCAUUUUGGAAAAUGGGAGCCCUUAGGAUAACCCCUGGUAUGGUACCUACCAUAAAACAUAAGUUGUGACAAUUCUGUAGGCAAUGUUUGUCCGAGAACCAACAUUAAGAAGGCUGGAAUUGAAUGUGUUGAUGAAUGUCAGCCGUCAUUAGGUUGCAGCGAUUCCAAGAAAGAAUGUCUCUGUGAUGGAAACUGCGGAUAUAGCUGUGUCAAGAAAGGUGGGUCAUAUAAUGGUAAUGAUAUACGAAUAUGGUUGGCUAAUUUAUCAUGAAUUAUUAAUGAGUUUGAUAUUUAUGUCUAAACGCCCCCUUGGAAAUCAGCAUUUAGCUGAAGGGGUUAGCGUGGGUAAAUAAAGUAUUAAUAAUAAUAACAAGGACUCGAAAGAAUUUUUAAUAUUUUAUAUAGGUAUGCAAUGUUCUCCCCUGAGGAAACUACGAAAUGGGAGAAUAACGGGUAAAGCUAGGACAUUUAAUUCGACCAUGACGUUUGAGUGUAACCCAAAGUACACAUUAUUUGGUCCCAGUACUCGGAGGUGUCGCGCAAAAGGACUCUGGGAUGGCAAGAAAUCUAAAUGUAGUAAGUUGAUUUGGUCAAACGAAGGUUUUUAG